CGACAACAACGUCAUUUGAUCUCAUCACGGUGACAACAUGGUCAGCGAUAUCGCGUUCACCAACGUCCACUGCACAUGCCUAACGCCUCUCUUCAGCAAGAAGUACCUCAGAUCGCAUCGCUCGAAUGGUACAAAGGUGCUUCGGUGCUUUCCACACUGCUGCCCGACGCACGUCGACGGAACGUACUGCGGUUCUCCCUUGGCCGUGGUUGUGACAGUAGCGCCGCCAGGCACGUUGACGCAGUGCAGUGUGGACUUUCGCAUCGAAUCGUCCAACGACACGACGAUGAGCUGCGGAGACACUGUCGAGAGCCACCGCGUAGUGGCGAAUCGACGGCACCCGUCGAAUCCGUCCGCAGAAUGGCUGCCCACUCGAGUUGUGGCUAAGAAGGCCAAUGCGACAACGUUCGAGUGCAAUCCGUACGAAGGGUGGAACUACGGGUGGAAGGGCGGGUCAUCGAUCCACCAGCGACUGUCUUGGCAUCGAAUCAAAGCAUAUGUGUUUAAGAGUGAUCCGGACCACCCCGAGACGUUCCAAGUGAUCGCGACGGUCGCGUCCCCGCCGUUUUUUGUCAUGUCGUACCGACGGUCGUGCAAAGCGUGUCAGACCAACGAAGCGACCGGCAGCAGCCGCGACAAUUGCGAUUGCGCCGGCGUAUUUCGCUUGAGCGACAGUUUGCUGCAGGAGGCGCUGUCCACGGGCGUGACGCAAGUGGACAUUUUGCCUUUGAUGGCCAACAGACAACCUCACUUAGACAACAACGCGUCACACGUGGCAGCCCAGGAGCGCGACUUGCGGAUGGUGUUUGCAGUGCUGAGUCUCGCGCCCAUCCCCGCGUCUGACGCCGCCCUCUGCGAGCUCUUGCACUGGUUCGGCUCGGCUGUGGCCACUGGGACCCCGUCGCGCCCCCAGAAAAUGCACGACAUCGUCGCCUUGUGUGUUCACGUGGUGCUGGCGCUGGUCGUCCAGGGGCGCCAGGACGUGCGGGCAUACAUGACAGAGCAUUCCAGUGAUCUCCUGCACCAGGACCUGCUGUGGCAGCGCUAUGAGCUGUGGCUACAACUUGUAACCGACAAGAUGGAUGCCCACUUGAACGCCAUCGACGUCCUUCGCCGAGCUUUUACGCAGGCCCUCACCACGUCGUGCCACGUCAGCCACCCUUCCGGAUACGACACCUCGACGUCCAAGGCACCAUCUCCUGUGUCUGAAUUCUUCGUGGCCCAGCUACGCGAAGUCUAUAUGGCUCGCACUACACCCCCUCAACAACCGCCCGCUACGACCGAACGAUGUGCAUGGAAUGGCUCGUGGGAGCUCGACAUUGAUUCCGUCCGCGUGGACACGUUGAGCAAAGGGGCGGCGGCAUCCCCUAGUUUGUUGAGCUUGCUUCGGUGUUUUACCAUGGGCUAUCGUUUUGAUCAACACGUGGCCAACCAAACCCUGUCGGUGUUGUCGUCGCUGGCCAUCUUUCCGUCGAAAAGGUCCGAGUUUAUCCUAGACCAGAAGCCCCGGGUGUUUCGCGUGUUUCCCAAUGGCGAGACGUCCAUGUCCAACUGCGGGGGUCUGACCUACGGGGAUUACAUGGGGUCACUGGACGGAUCGGCCAUUCGACUGGAUUUGUUUUGCUGGUCCACGGCAUCCCCGCCGACUUGUACGCUGGUGCGACUGUGUGUCCAAGCCAAGUCGACUUUGCUACUGGUGACGAUGGACGUGGCAGUGCACGCCAACUCCCACGCACCUGCAGACGGCAUGGACGAGUGGACCCCCUCGGAACGAGUACAACAUCUGCACCAGCACAGCCCCAGUGGGGUGCCUUGGCUUCGAGUUAUGGGAAGCUAUGCACGUCGUAGCAAAUUUAACGUGAACGAGGGCCUGUAGAGAUAUUCCUGAAAAAACUUCUCACAUCUUUGUCGUAGUAUUGAAUUGAUUUGAUAACAAAUCGU